CAACAGCUCAACUUUCGGACCCGCCUCUUUCCUGGGGGUGGGAGUUUGCUCCAAACUUUGUUUAUGGGACAGUCCGGGAGCUGCCGCUGCCGCGCUGUCUGCUUUUCCUACGCCUCCUCCUGGGAGAGCGCGAGUGCCUGAGGCCAGCUCGGGGGAUGUGAGAGUCGAAGUCCCUGGGCUGCCAGACGCCAAGUCAGGUUGGGAUUUGCCAGCCGGGCCCCGACCCCGGCUCCAGCUCUGCCAGCUCCCGACGCACCCGAGCGACCCAGGCCCGACGGCGAGUUCGGGUGGAACAGCGGCCGCGGCGCGCUCAGGCUUGGCUUCGCUGCGCGGCCAGAAGAUGAAUCCAGCUUCGGCGCCCCCUCCGCUCCCGCCGCCCGGGCAGCAGGUGAUCCACGUCACGCAGGACCUUGACACGGACCUGGAAGCUCUCUUCAACUCGGUCAUGAAUCCUAAGCCUAGCUCGUGGCGGAAGAAGAUCCUGCCCGAGUCCUUCUUCAAGGAGCCCGAUUCCGGCUCGCACUCGCGCCAGUCGAGCACCGACUCGUCGGGCGGCCACCCGGGGCCUCGGCUGGCCGGCGGCGCCCAGCACGUCCGCUCGCACUCGUCCCCCGCGUCCCUGCAGCUGGGCACCGGCACGGGCGCCGCGAGUAGCGCCGCGCAGCAGCACGCACACCUCCGCCAGCAGUCCUACGACGUGACCGACGAGCUGCCGUUGCCCCCAGGCUGGGAGAUGACCUUCACGGCCACUGGCCAGAGGUACUUCCUCAAUCACAUAGAAAAAAUCACCACAUGGCAAGACCCUAGGAAGGCGAUGAAUCAGCCCCUGAAUCAUAUGAACCUCCACCCUGCCGUCAGUUCCACACCAGUGCCUCAGAGGUCCAUGGCAGUGUCCCAGCCAAAUCUCGUGAUGAAUCACCAACACCAGCAGCAGAUGGCACCCAGUUCCCUUAGCCAGCAGAACCACCCUACUCAGAACCCACCCGCAGGGCUCAUGAGUAUGCCCAAUGCACUGACCUCUCAGCAGCAGCAGCAGCAGAAACUGCGUCUUCAGAGGAUCCAGAUGGAGAGAGAGAGGAUUAGAAUGCGUCAAGAGGAGCUCAUGAGGCAGGAAGCUGCCCUCUGUCGACAGCUCCCCAUGGAAGCUGAGGCUCUGGCCCCAGUUCAAGCUGCUGUCAAUCCUCCCACCAUGACCCCAGACAUGAGAUCCAUCACCAAUAAUAGCUCUGAUCCUUUCCUCAACGGGGGACCGUACCAUUCGAGGGAGCAGAGCACUGACAGCGGCCUGGGGCUGGGGUGCUACAGUGUCCCCACAACUCCGGAGGACUUCCUCAGCAACGUGGAUGAGAUGGACACAGGAGAAAAUGCAGGACAAACACCCAUGAACAUCAACCCCCAGCAGACCCGCUUCCCUGAUUUCCUUGACUGUCUUCCGGGAACAAACGUUGACCUAGGAACUUUGGAAUCUGAAGAUCUGAUCCCGCUCUUCAAUGAUGUAGAGUCUGCUCUGAGCAAAAGCGAGCCCUUUCUAACCUGGCUGUAAUCACUGCCGCUGUAACUCGGAUGCAGCCAUGAGCUUACAUUUCCUGGGCCUCUUGGAAAAAGCAGUGGAGCAGAGCAGACCUGCAGGCGCACCCCUCUCUGCCCCCUUGACCUGUGCUCCCUCCUUCUCAUGUUGCCAGUUUAAUCAUUGCCUGGUUUGGAUUGACAGUAACUUAAGUUAAAUGUAAAUAAAUAUUCUAUUUUCAUUUUCUGCAAGCCUGCAUUCUUGUGACAGAUUAUGCAGAAUUGACGAUGCAGAAUUCUUUUCUCUUUUUUUUAUCCUCUGCCGCCCACGGCCACACUGUAUGGGUGUUAGUAGAAAUUGAUACAUCAAUUGAUUAUAAGCCAUAAAAAGUUGAUCACAGGCAGUGAAUUCUGACAGGUGGGUUGGUCCAGGAAAUGUGUACAAAGCAAGACCUGAUUUACAGUUUCAAAAACUGUGUUGAUGAUAGUAGUAAAAAUGCUUUAAAAAUUAUUUAACUUCAGCUUUAAAAAUCAUUUUAUAGAUAGUGAAAUUCUGCUGUAUUGGAAUCCAAUGUAGUUUUGAAUCCA